UUCAAUAGCCAAUCAGAAUAUGCGUUACAAACAAACAUUGGAAAAUCUGCAAAAUGGCGUCGUGCGAAAAGAAACGGAAAGGAAUAUUAAAAACAUCUUCCAGCUUUGACCAUCCUGAACCUCAACCUCCGAAGGGGAAAGAGAUGAAAUGGGAUGAGAUGAACAUUCUUGCCACCCACCAUCCUCCAGACAAGGACUAUGGUCACAUGAAGAUAGAUGAGCCCCCGACACCGUACAACAAAUACUCAGAAGGGGAAGAAGAAGAUGAGGAGGGGAACAUACAGAGAAGAGGCAGCUUUGGGCAGUCUAGUGUCCAGAACAUGGACCCAGCCAAUCUGACAGACAAGUUGGAGGAUAUUGGGGGUCGGCGUGUGCGACGUGUAUCCACUGAGGAAGAGUCGAGCGAAGAGGAGGAGGAGGACUUGACACCUGAAGAACUCCAACACAAGAAGGGUUUUCAACAGAAGAGAAAACUGCAUUAUAAUGAGUUCCAAGCUGUCCAAAUUGCAAAACAGCUGAUGGCUGAAGAAGAUGAUGAUGAUGACGAUGAGGGGGUGGAAAACCCAGGCAGUAAUACAGAGGACAGUGUUCAAAUGGCGGUAGAUUCUGAUACCACCAGAGAAGAGGCAGGGGAGGCCUCUACCAAAGAGAGGCAGGAGGAUGAGGGCAAAUCCCAGCGCACAAGUCUUACCACUGUUGAUGAAUUGGGACACUUAGAAACACAAAUCAACUAGGAGUUGUUUUUUUCUCUGUUUUUAUAAAUGCUAGUGGUUAGGAUUGGUAUCGUAAUUACAAUAGAAUAUAUACUAUAUUCAUAGGCAUUAAACAUAUAUAUGUCUUGUCUUGUUGAGACCAUUAAGCUGAAUAUUGUUUUGUUUAUCUGAAAUUAGAUGUUGUAAUGUGAGUGAAAUUAGAAACUAUAACAUAGUACAUUUCCAACUUUCAGCAUGGCAUACAUUUUUGCAGUGUCAAGAUUUCAGGCUGUCAGCUAAUUAAAGUUAAUAACGUUUAAGCAGUAUAGCUUUUAAUUAUGUACAUAAUUGUUAACAUUUCCAUUAAUUGAUACCAAUAAUUAACGUGCCAAUGUUUAACUGUAUAUUCAAUUUUUUUUACAGAAUUGAAUCUCGAAUUCAAUCUUUUGAAAGUCUUAAAAUUAACAUUAACCAAAUAUAUCAAAAAUGAAAAAGAAACCUGCAGAUUAAUGCCUAUACUGUAGCUUCAUUCAAAUCAUGUUAAUAAUUCUGAGGCCAAAAAUACAACAAUUGUACAUUUUGAUGACUUGUAUAGUUGUGCUGAUCUUAUGUAUAAUCUAUGUAAGUACAUGUAUCUGCAAUCGUUGGGUGAGGGUAGUGAAAGCUGACUGAUCUAAUUGGAGACCCACUGCUGUAGCCAUCUUUGCUGGUCAUGUAUGCUGCAUGUGUUGUAACUUCAGUCUUCAUGUUAUGAAAUAGCAGAAAUUAUGUUUACUAGAAUUGUUUAACUCAAACCUACUUACAUUUACAUGUUUAAUGAUAAAAUACAAGUAGUUAUUCUCGUUCUGGUCGCUUGAAGUUUUUUUUUCAUGUUCUAAUUUGUCACUGGAUUUUGCCUGUUGGUAUUGGUUUCUCAAGAAACCCUAGUAUCCAUAGACACACAAGCCAUACUAAACAGGAAAUGGGAAAAUUUAAAAGAUAAAAACACACUUUCGAAGGGGCAGAUUAGUAACCAGAAACAGAACUAAAUGUGAAGAUUUUCAUAAUGAAUUAUUAGUAAGGGGGAAUAUAUGAGUCUAUUUUGCAUGUAUUGAGAUCUGAGUUUGAUUGUAGUGAUAUGUAAUCAAUUGUGUUUAUGCAUGUGCAAUGUACAAUAUAUGAAUAUACACAUCAAGUGCACCCAAAUGUUAUAGCCAUUUCCAUUCCUUGAAGUAUUAUGUACUACUACUUUUAUGUUUUUUUGAGUUCACAUGCAGGUGAAAAAAGUGGUUUUAAUCCACUCUAAAUUACAUAAUGUGCCGGGCAAGCUUAAGUAUUUGUUGCCGUGCUUCAUUUGUUCAUGUCUUGAUAUAGGCACCAUGUGAAAAACAGAAAAUUCCAUGAAUUUUUAAAAAGUAGUCUCAAAAUUUUAGAAUUGAACAAUGAAAUUAUUGAAGAUGAUUUAGACUUUGAAUGAAAUAACAAUAUCUAGGUAGAAAGAAUCAUUUUACAGCAAUCUGGAACAAAUGUUUGCUUCUGCAUGUGAACAUUUAAUUUCCACCUUUUGUGUUUACUAUUUAUUAUCCAAUGUGUUACUGCUCUCUUUGAUGUAUGCAGUGCACCCAAGGUAUGAAAUAUUGGGUGAAAAUUGACGUCUGUAAGACAUUGUUUUGUAGUAUUUUAUAUCAUUUCCACUUAGGAGUUUUUAUGGAAUGUAGCAGUGUGAAAUAUUAGAUUUGCAGUUCCCAAGUUGUUGUGGUUGGAUAUAAUUUUUUUGCGAUGAAUUUGUUGUUUUGAACUGACACCAAUCAUUUCCAAACAACUUAGUCAGCAGUUACAAAAAGUGCUAAGUGUGUAUGAAUAAUACACAUCUUGUUUGUUUUUGAUUAGAUUUAUGUUUUGUUUUUUCUUGUUAAUUAUUAGUUACUAUAAACUAAGUGUUUUUGAUAGGAGUUUUGUUAUGAAAAAUAUGUUCGGUGCAUUAAAGAACUUUAUUAAAAUACUGGUAGAAUUAGCAAUGUGGAUGUAUUUGCACUAUCCAUUAAUACAGAUCUCAUAAUAAUUCACAAAGGUACUGAUUUGUUUAUCAAUUUUAAACUUAAGUGGAGUAUACAUUACAUUGACAACAUUUGUUUUGUAAAUAGGAAUGAGAAUGGCAAUAAAAAACAGAUAAUAUACAAGGGUUGAUCCAAAACUUGGUGGGGUGUUAUCUCUACACCAGUUUGUGCUUCUACAGAUAAUAUAGAAGGGUUGAUCCAAAACUUGGUGGGGUGUUAUCUCUACACCAGUUUGUGCUUCUACAGAUAAUAUACAAGGGUUGAUCCAAAACUUGGUGGAUGUUAUCUGUACAACAGUUUUUGCUUCUACAGAUAAUAUAGAAGGGUUGAUCCAAAACUUGGUGGAUGUUAUCUGUACACCAGUGUAUGCUUCUACAGAUAAUAUACAAGGGUUGAUCCAAAAUUUGGUGGAUGUUAUCUGUACACCAGUUUAUGCUUCUACAGAUUACACCCAAGGGUUGAUCCAUAAAUUGGUGGAUGUUAUCUGUACACCAGCUAGAGCUUCUACAGGGGCAUUCAAAGACUAUUUCAACACACAAAAAUGAUUUGGAUUAAAGUUAAUAUCUUUAACAACGGGGAUUUGUCAUAGCAACGUUAUCUUGUGCCUUGGGUAAUGCUACCUACCUCUUCAAAAUAUAAGAGUACAUGUAUUAUUUUCAUCUAUUGUGUACAUUUUAACUUAAAUUUUUGCAUGUACAGCUCUGUGUUGUCCAACAUACAAUACAGUAUUUUUAAAUAGCCAGAACCCAUUUACUUUUGGGUCAGCCCUUGUCAUGAUAGAGGAUUUUUUUCAUUGUAUUGUAUCAAUGCAUGUUUGUUAGAGAUUUGCCAUCAAAUACAGACAUUCUUGUGCCCCAUACUUUUUUUUUGCUGUCCAAUUAAGACCUUUCUGGUGCCCAGUACUUCAAGGUUUGACCAUUGAAAAUACUUUCAGCAUAUUUAUCUUUCUUGUCAAAAGCUUCCUUUUUAAGAAGUAAAGUUAUAUAUCUUUUUGAUUUUGAUGAUAAUGUCUGUAACCAUAAUAAUGAUUGUUUAAAGCUGAAUAACAAGUGUAUUUCAAACCUUGCUUGGCAUACUUUUUGAUGUAUUAUUUUCUAUGCAUUAAGAUGUGUUGUACAUGUAAUCAUCUCUCAGGUACAUGGGUUGGCCCUCUUUCCUAUGUAGUCAUAUUUAAUCAGCAAUAUAAUAUAAGUUGUAUUCUUUUCAAACCCCUAACACAGUUAGUGUAAUCUCUUUUCUCCUUAGUUGCGUACAAACCAUUAACAUCAGUUAUUUAUAAUGUUUGCAAAUUUUGCACUCCAAAGAUUUAGUAAGUGAACUGCUGUUUACGAGGGACAAAAACUUUUAACAUCAUUUGAAAGAUAAUAUGCAUGUUUAGACCAAAAACUCUUGUUUGCAAUUCUGAUUUUUGGAUUAAACCAUCCCGACUUCUGAAAUUGGGAUGGAGGGGGUUGCUUUUACUUAAGGAGUCUAGUCCUAAAUUUUUUUCACAAUAAUUGUAUUACCUUAAUCAUGUAUAUAUUGAAUUCCCAAAGGUUAAUGUUAGAAUAAGAAAUCAUCCUUUAGUAUUUAAAUAUUGACACAAAUUACGAUCUUUUCUACAUGAAUUUUGUGUACCCCUUGAUUACACAGUAGUUUGAUGAUAAUGAACUCCUGCUUUGGAUUCAUAUCACCUGUAAAAAACAUAUAGCCUAAAUAUAUAAAAAAAAAUAUCAGAUUUAUCAAAGGAACGAUCUAGGAUAAAAUAAUUUACUGCAGUUGAAGUGUCAGAAAGUCUCGAAAAGCCUAUAUAUCUGUUAUUUUAAAGUUUUACAGGUCAUAUGACUCUAAAAGCUGGAGUUCUUUUCAUCAAACUACUGUGCUUGAUUAUGCUGAUUAUAAAGAUCAAAGAUUUCUUUUUGUUAAGACAUUGAUUUUAACCAUCAAUGAUUUAGCCAGCAAGUCUGUAAGUUUAUAGAUGUGAUCUUAGAAAAGAGAUUUCUGUUGUCAUUCAUAUUUUGUUGAAAGUGCUUAUUCUUAUGCAAAUAAACACUUACAGAAAAACUGA